UGCGACGCUGCUGCAACAUGUCCAAGAAGGCGAAGGUCGAGCCGCCGACGGCGCUUCCGGCUGCUCUCUUCUGCUCGGUCGUCAUCUACGUGGAGUCGCGGGAGGACGCGACGGCCUUGCUCGUGGCGCUGCCGCCGGCCGAGCUCGGCGCGCCGCUGGCCGCGCUCCGCGAGCUCAUGACGACGCCCAUGGCCUUCGACGGUCAGUGGCCGGCGGUGAACAUGAGCAACAUCUCGGAAGAGCACUUGGAUCUCGUCGUGGCCGCGCUGCCCGCGAUCCCAGACGCGGUUCUUCCCCAUGUGGCGUUCGUGCACGGACGCCACCUACCGGCGCUCCUCGCCGCCUUGCCGUCCAAGCUCAAGGCGGUCGACAAGUUCAACAAGGGGUGGUUUGACGUGCCCGAGUUCAGAGACAUCGUGCCCUUGUGUGCACGUCUCGAGCAAGUCCACCUUGACAUCCAUCAUCUCGGCGCGACGUUGCUGCCGCCGAGCGUCCACAAGUUGACGCUUUUCCUUGCCCCAGGCAUGAACGACCCUCCGUUCGACCCUCUGGCGCAGUGCCUCCAGACAGGGCGGAUCACAGACCUUGGCCUCUACGACUUCAACUCGGCAACCAGCGCAGAUGCCUUUGCGGCGUUGCUCGCGACAACCACGUCCGUCACGAACCUGGAUUUGGAAAACUCGGAAGCGGUCAUCGAUGCGCUCAUUGCCGCGCGCAGACCUCUGCACCACUUGAAGGCGGUGCAGUUCUUUGUGGACACUCAAUUCUUGCGCCGCGACAUUCGUGACUUCAUGGCACUUCUCGACCUCUCCAACCUCACGCACCUCGACGCCAGCGGCUUGGACGACUUCAACUGCCUCCUCCCGUUCCUCAGUCGGAUGCCGCUCCUCGAAGAGCUGGCGCUGCAGUUUGGCAACAUCAUGGCGGCACCGGACGCGCUCAUGGCCAUUCCGCCGCCGAGCUUGAAGGUGCUGACCGUGCAGUACGUGUCGAUGUGGGACGCUGCCAGUUUCGAGCCUUUUCUUCUCUGGGCGUCCAACCUGCCCAACUUGAACGAGGUGCAUUGGAUCGACAUGGAGCGCAUUCCGGCCGCGUCGUUGGACCUCUUCCUGCAUGUCAUUGGUUUGUGGACGCACCGCCUCUCGGGCAUGUCGCUUCGCCCGUGCGCCUUCAACGGUGAGACGCUGGGGCUCUUGCUCUCGACGCGACCCGAGACAGCGCCCCCACUUUCUCUCGACCUCCAGAGCAGAAGCCUCUACAGCGAUACCCACCGCGUCACCGACAUCAUGGCGCUUCUGGACGCACUGGAAGUUCGCCCGGACAUCACGCUCGAAUUGAGUGCCAAUGCCGAGGACGAGGCAGCCAUUGAGGCCUAUGCGUCCUCGAAGCACAUCAGCAUGGAGGUCCUCGCGCGUUCCCGCCCUCCCGAGCCUUUCGACUGCCGCUUUUCCGCGCGCUAGAUCGUUUUCUAGCACUCCUUUAUAUGCACGUUAACAGCGAAGCUCAUCUUUCUUCCCUC